GUUCGUCAUUCCUCUUGGAUAGUAACUGCCUCCCUCAGAGUUCAGGGUUCAGACAGGCGACUGUUGCAACCACAUGAUGUUGAGAUGAUCAAUUUUCACAAAUUGCAAAAUAAACAAACCUUUUCUUUGGAGACAACAAGUUUACAAGUGACUUGAUUUUCAGCUGAAUUUUCAUAGAAAAAAAUGGGUUAAUCAUGUUACUGCACAUGAGACGCCAUUAUAGAAAAAGCUGCAAAAAAAAAAACGAUAAGGGAAGCAAGCAGAUGACAACUCUGUUUCCUCUCGCCUUCCCACUAGUACUUCUCUUUUCUUGAUUUCUUCCUCCUCCUCGGAUCCCUCCAAGAUCGAGGCCGAUCCCCACCAUGCGCGCCCACCGAUCCCGACAGCUCGUGUCCCGCGAUCCCAUGGCGGUUCUCUGAUCCCAUCUGGCUCGCGAAGCCGCCGCGUUUUGACGGGAAUUGCGUGGGCUGCGGGCGGCUGGACGCCAUGGAUUCCGGCGGCAACAGCGUGAAUUCUGCGGUGGAGUCGGUGGCGGAGUCGCCGGCGCCGGCUUCACCGGCGAGCAAUCCCACCGCACCCGCCGCGGUCACCAAGGGGCGUGGGCUACGGCGGUGGCGGCGUAUCCCCCGGGAACACCACGAGGAGGGCUCACCUGGCUCCGGCGGCGGCGGCGGCGGCGGCGGCAGCGUUGCGGCCGCUGCCGCGGAUGAGGACUUGGCGCAGCUUCACAAGCGCCGGCACCCUCUCGGCGCCGACGCGCCUAAGGGGAAGGAGGAGGCCGCCGCCGCCGCCGCCGCCGCUGCCGUGGAGGAGGUGGGGAGCGAGAGCCCCGUCGCCUCCGUGGAGUCCAGCUUCGCGCCGCAGGAGGCGCCACCGUCGCCGCCGGUCCAGACCAAGCUGGACCCGGAUCUCGGCUUCCUGAUCGCCUCGGCGGGGUUCUCGGUGGGCGCCGGCGGCGCCGACUCGGACAACAGCGACGACCGGGCCAGCAAGUCCUCCACCAACGCCGCCGCGCCGCGCCACGACUUCUCGUUCGGCGGCGGCUUCGGCCGCGAGCGCGACAGGCCGCGAUCCCGCGCCCCAGGCGCCGCCGCGCACGCCAAGGGCAUCCGCACGGCGCGCACGCGCGGAGCCCACGGCGCGCGCGCCGCCACACCGACCCCCUCCAUCGUGGAGCCGGAGAACUCGCGCUCCAGCGUUGAAUCCAACCUCCGGAGCUCUGCCGCUGCUCAUGCGCGCCAAUCCAGUGCUGGCAUAAGCAGCAAUGGCGUUCACAAGGUUCUCUAUGAUGAUGAUGACGAUGAUGAUGAUGAUGCCGAGCAGAGUGACGGCGAGCCUCCGAGCGAGGAGGCGGCGCGCUCUGGAGCAGGAGGUUUCUACAGGGAGAAUGGAAGUGUAGUAGGGAGAUUGGUAAAGGGCAGCAGUGAUUCCGAUGCCGAUGAUCAUGGAUACGAUGAGAGGAGUAUAGGCAAGGGUGAGAAUGGGGAAAUUCAUUCGGGUCUCGAUCCGUAUGUGCAGUCGAUCGCGAUGCUCCGGUCAGCCGAAGAAGCAAUUGAGAAUGAGAUCCAGAAGUUUAUUGAAAUGAGAAAUGAAACGUGUGAAAAUUCUGCAAACAACCACAGUGAAACUGAAUGGAGUAGUUCAUGCCAUUUUGACGAAUCCACAGAAGAACUGAGUGAGAAGUUGAAGCUUCUCGAGUCUAGGCUAAACGAAGCUUCUACCCUCAUCAAUGAUAAGGAUUCAGAAAUACUUGAACUCGAUGUGCUCAACCACAAACAACCAAAGCAGCAUGUUCUAUGCAAUACCGAGCUGCUGUCUCUGCAAUCUGAUAUGGAUCAACUGUUCCUGGAGAAGAUGGAAGCAGAGACUCAAUGCUUCAUCCUGACAAGAGCAUCGCAAGCUUGGAAUCCCCUGACUGAGGAUCAAGCUGCUAUUUUUGACAUUCAGAAAUCUCUACCUGAGGAUCACAAACAGCUUGAAGCUAAGCUACGGCACACCGAGAACAGGGCACUGAUGCUAGAGGAGAUGGUGGAGAAGCUAGAGGCACAGUGCAAAGAUCUUGCUAGGACUUCAGAAAUCCUGAAGCUGCAGGCAAGAGCAAGCAGAGCUUCGCUGUUUUGCUCCGUCCAGUUUGUUCUGCUGUUCAUCGCCGUCGGAACCUUCCUCGUCCGGCUAUGGCCCUCUUCCUCUGAAUUUGUACCUACCUGAGGUUAGAAAAUCCGGCGCCAAUGAGCCUUUGUGUAGGCAUUCUUGAAAAGUUCCUUAUUGUAAUUUACUAAGCAUUGGUCACCCUAUAAUUUUUCAAGUCUGUAACAUCAACUCAAUUUUGCUAGUAAUCUCUUCUUAUCUUUACUGUACUUCAAUCACCAAUGUACUUCUCGAUUAUCUGGAUUCUGUAAAUGUCAAAAGUUCCUAUAUAAAUGUAUUUCUUUGCAGACCGUAUAAAUUGAAAUUGGAAAUAGGUUCCAAAAUCAGUCUCAUA